AUGCCGGAUGUGAAGGCGUUGAUUUUGAGCGCAGAGAUGGAUUUUGAUAUGCAAGACGAAGCUCUUCAAGUGGCAGCCGAGGCGGUGGAUCGUUGUACCGCACCGGAAGAGAUUCCGGGCUACAUCAAGAGGGAAUUCGACAACAAACACGAUGCGCCGUGGCACUGUGUGGUAGGCAAGAACUUUUACAGCUACUUCACUUACGAAACCGACAAAUUUAUUUUCUUUACUCUACGUGGAAAAGAUUUUCUGUUGUAUAAAACACCUAAAUAA